AGCUUCAUUAUCAAGCUAGCCAUUGUCAUAAUUGUAGCUGAUAUUUCCAACUCUGGGCUUCCCCACAGAGGAGCGCGGGCCGUGCAGUGCCGCCCUCUGAGAUCACCCACCAGGACCCGGUCGAUCGGGAUCGGGGUCUUGGGCUAGUCCACAGUUUGUGUUGGCCGGUCCCCCCUCUUCUUCAUAGAUAACUUCCACCCUCUUUCUCCUUCAUCAUAAUUCACCCCACCAUGCGUCCCCCUACCCAACCACCAAGCGGCUACAUCCACAACCUCACCUCAGACGAGUCCACCAAGCUCCGUCAAACCUGGAGUAUCAUCCUCUACCUCAUCAACAACCACGAUGAUACCACCGCCGAAAGCACCACCACCCCAACAGCCGCGGGCCUAACCUCCGCCCUCGCAGCCCACCACCUACCCCCACUCAAGACCGUCCAACCCAUCCUCGAGACUCUCCUUGACCACCCGCUCCCUUCCCUCUGCGCCGGCCUCCUCAGUCUCGCCGGACACGACUCCCCGGAUACCCUCCUCCUCCGCUUCCUGCGCGCCCGCAAAUGGUCCGUCCCCGCCGCGACUGCGAUGCUCAUCUCCUCGAUCCACUUCCGCCACACGCAGGGCAUCGACGCCCGGGUCCUGGCCGCCACCGAGCUGGACGCCGUGUACGAGGCCACCACGCAACCGCCGCAGACCCCCUCCAUCCCCGGCGCCAUCGGGGCGACGACCGUGAAGACCACCGCGACGGACAGCCAGGCGUACUUGGCCCAACUGCGCAUGGGGAAGGGGUUUGUCCACGGGACGGAUCGCCAGGGCCGGCCGGUCCUCCUCGUGCGCGCGCGGCUGCACCAGCCCGGACAACAGAGCGAGGAGGUCAUGACCAAGUUCAUUCUGCAUUUGAUUGAGGCGUUGCGCUUGACGUUCGUCGAUCCCGUCGAGACGGCUACAGUCUUAAUCGACCUGACGGGGUUUUCGUUGUCGAAUAUGGAAUAUGCGCCCGUGCGAUUCGUCAUCGAUUGCUUUCAGGAGAAUUACCCUGAGCAUUUGGGGGCAAUGCUGUUCCACAAUGCGCCGUGGAUCUUCUCGGGAAUCUGGAAACUCAUCAAAUCCUGGAUGGACCCCAUCAUCGUCUCCAAGGUGCACUUCACCAGGUCCGUCGCCGACCUGGAGCAGUUCCUCGUUCCGGACAUGAUCCCCAAGGAGCUCGGCGGCCCGGAGGCCUGGGAGUAUGAGUUCGUGGAGCCCGUAGCGGGCGAGAACGAGCGCAUGACCGAAACAGCCACGCGCGACCGGCUGCUGGCCGAGCGCGAGGAGCUGGCCUCUAAACUGCUGGAGUUGACGGAGGAGUGGCUGGGUGCGGCGGAGCCGGAGAGCGUGGCGGUGCAGCGGACAGAGGCUAUUUCGGCCUGGCGCAAGCAGUAUUGGACAUUGGAUCCGUUUGUUAGAGGAAGGACGUGUCUGGAUCGUACCGGGGUGAUUCAGGAGGGGGGAAAGAUAGACUUCUACCCGGGGGAGGAUCAGCUUCAACAGUAAUGGGGCUUAGAUGUAGCGUUGAUGGUGUGCAUCAGCUGAGGCUUUCCGAUUGAGCUGCUUUAUGGCAGCCUAGAGGAGGAAGUAGGUAGUAUGUCCCGUCCAGGUCCGCGUUGUGCAACCGGGAUGUUCCUUGGAUAGCAGGCCGGGUGAUAUCGGCACGAUAUUCUGUUCCAUGGUUCUGGAGUUCGGAUUAGCAAUUAUGGUCAUCUACCCUCUUGCCCAUGAUUAUCCGUGGUCAUAUGUCUUGUGAUAAUGUAUUAGUCGACUCGAGUGCGCAACGCUUACAGGAGGUUAAGCGGUGGUGAAAAAAUCCGAUAGAGAUACUGGUCCGGGUCACUCUUGAGCAACGCAUCACCGUUCCGGGGCUUCCGAAAGUGUCUUCUUCUGUAGGGCAUCGUACUUCGGUAAGCCAAGCAAGACAAGUAUAGGCUGCAAAGAUAC